ACUCUAAGCGACGCGGCCGCCCGGGACGCUAUUUCUGCGAUAGUCGCUCAAUGUAUCGAACGAGUCGUCCGGGAUCACCGCAUACCGAAGUGGUCUUCUCGUCGUCCAUCUGUCAUCGACCUUCUGAAUUUCGCCUAUGACGUUGGCGUUGGAGAUUUCUGAGCACGAGCGUCUUGAACGAGCUCAUUGCGAAAGACGACAAAGACGACAUGUAUAUCAUGGAGGAGCUCGUCCCAUUGGUUACUGGUCUCACUCCCGAAUGAAAGCUUGGAAGACCCAUGUCGCGGCACCACAAUUUUCCGCGUUCUGCGCUGAGGUACUGAAGCUGUUUGCUCAGAGACUGAUGCCAAAAAAGCCUACGGAGCAAAUUCCCGCUCAAUUACUGUCAUUUGGGUGCGGCAGAUGCUACGAGUGCACUAGCGUGAAGGCGUUUUUCACUACCAACACUCCCUUCCAUAGUGUAACGGCAACGGCCGCUGUUCGUGCUCAUGUAGAGAAACAGCUCACUGCGGUUUCGGCUGCUAAGUAUGGUGUCAAGUGGGAAACGAGCAAGUUUGGUCGACCUUAUACAUUACAAAUCCAAAAAUCCGAAAGCAUGGUUGCGCAUGGUAAGUACAAGCAGCGACAGACUCAGGGUCUUCAGAUGUUGGCGGCUUUGGGGGAUUUGACCAUCCAACGUCAAAUGCUCGGUGCAGACUUCGAUUCAGUGUAUGAAGCCAUCGCUGGAACACGGGCUCCGAGUCCUGAACCUUCCGUUGUGGUAGCGGUAACAAAUAGUCAGGAAAACGCAGAGAAGUGCCGCAAGCGCGCCUUGGCGGGUGUUGUAGUUUCUGCAAAGAGACCGAGAAUUUCUUAGAGAAGACCUUAGUUGUAGACGGGUUGUGUAUCUUUCAAAUUGCUGGUAUACAAUGUUUACUAUACGUCUUUUGUUUCAGCCGAAUGUUGAGGAG